AUGGCUACAAGUUCUCGUUAUCACUCGUACACUGCUAAAGAAAAAGUGAAAAUUAUUGAAGAAGCUGAGAAUAUGGGAAACCGUGCAGCAGGAAGAAAGUACAAUGUGAAAUGCGGGGUAUGUGAAGGUGAGGCAGAUGCAUCGUUGGAGUCUUUUACAAGCCAGGGAAGGGGAAAAGAAAAUGAGCAAGAAGAGAGAGUGCUGAAGAAUGCAGAGACAGGAAACAAGAUGGCAGAGGUGAAGGUAGAGGAGCCAGAAGCGGAGGAAGAUCAGACGGAGGGAGAGGAGCUAGAGAAGGAGGAAUUGGAUGAGUUCAUUUUGGACAUUGAGAUAAAGGAGAACAAGGUGAAGGUAGAGGAGCCAGAAGCAGAGGAAGAUCAGACGGAGGGAGAGGAGCUAGAGAGGGAGGAAUCGGAUGAGUUCAUUGUGGACAUUGAGAUAAAGGAGAACAAGGUGAAGGUAGAGGAGCCAGAAGCAGAGGAAGAUCAGACGGAGGGAGAGGAGCUAGAGAGGGAGGAAUCGGAUGAGUUCAUUGUGGACAUUGAGAUACAGGAGAACAAGGUGAAGGAGAAGACAGUUUCUUUCAAGACUUCAUAUUCAGGUACAAAACAGAAUGGAAGUGAAUUGAGGUAA